CAAAGAUUAGCCUCCGCGGAUUCAAACAUGUACGGGAGAAAAGGGUAUCAGCUGGUGAAAGAUUUUGCGAGCGGAGAGAAAGGGCAGCUUAAACUCUUCAACAAUAAGCUCUUCGAAGAGACUGUCGAAGAAUGCGUCCAGAAUCACUACCUUAUCCAGUCACUGAUAAGGAAAAUGCAACAAGAAGGUUUGGAUGUUCAGAACAACAGAAACGCAGACCACUAUGGAGCCUUAAUUCAUCACCUUUCUUUGAUCCGCAACAAGCGCUGCCUCAUGGCUUAUGUGUACAACCGCGCAGAGAUUGUGCGUGAUUUAGCGUGGAGAGUAGGACUUGAACUUGUCGAGCUGCCCUCUGAAAUCCAAGAAAAGCUUACUAAAGAAGAGAAUGAGUACUUCAAGAACCACUCAGUAGCUAUAAAAUCUUACAUGGGAAAAGUAGGAAUGGAGUUGAAUGUUGAUAUGGUCCCUCCAAAAGACCCUUACAUAAAGGUCAGAGUUUUGGACGAUAUCGAUAAAGAAAUUUUGAUGGGUGACAAAACAUCAAAUUUUCCCCGUCACUCUAUGCAUUUCCUCAAACGAACUGAUGCGGAACCGUUCAUUGCUCGGGUCAGUUUUUUUUUCAUUAUCCAUCCCUACAACUGGAAAGGCCUAAACCAGUAA